CUAUUCGUCCACUUUGUCAUAAAUUCCAUUGAAUACACCUAUAUAAGCAGCGUGUAGCUUGAAUGCAAGUUAAAGUCACAUAACACAAGCAAAUGCGGCGAACGAACCUUCGUUCAUUUAAGAUUUCCGUGGAAAACGUGAGGGUUUAUUAUCCAGUGUGAAAAAAUGGCUCGUAAGAUAUAUUUAUCGUGUCUGCUCGUCAUUGCCUGCAUUUUAAUGCACGAGACGAUGGCGCAACAGACUGGUGACAAUUUGGCGUGUACUGACCCCAUACUACCUGGAAUAAUAACAGAUGUGUGUACUACGGUCUCAACUCAUUACGGAUAUAAUUCACAACUCCAUCUUUGUCUACCAUUCCAAUACACGGGUUGCACAAUUGAGAACAUAGUUUCCGAAAACGAUUUCAACACUAUAGAAGAUUGCGAAAACACAUGCAUCACAACUUCGGACACUCCAAACACAAACGCGCCAAAUAAAUAAUCCUAUUAAACAGGAUCGUAUAAUUGUUUGAAAAAUAGCGAUUACAUUUAAAUAUGCAACGUGUAAAUCGUACUGUUAAUAAACCUUUCUUGUCUUGUAUGUACAAUUUAGAAAAUGUGUAAACACAAUUUAUCUAAAUCUAGAAAUUCGAUAUAAUAUUUUUAGUUAUGAAUAAACAACAAUUGCAGAAGGAAAAAA